AUGCGGACGGACCAGAACCCCGAGAGGGAACCGAGCCGGGAGCAGGACCAGCAGGACCAGCAGGACCAGCAGGACCCGGGUCCAGAGGGUCCAGACCCCAGGGGACCGAGCCUGCAGGACCUGCAGGACCUGCAGGACCCGGGUCCAGGACCCAGCAGCGGGACCAGAGCAGGCUCCUCUGCUGAUCUGCAGAAACAUAAAGGUAAAGGAAGACCAAAAAGUUAUCGCUGCAACCAGUGUGAGAAAGUCCUCACCACUUCAUCAGGGUUGAAGAUACACAAGAGGACACACACUGGAGAAAAACCUUACAAAUGUGAUCAAUGUGAGAAAGUCCUCACCACUUCAUCAGGUUUGAAAGUCCAUAAGAGGACUCACACUGGAGAAAAACCUUACAGAUGUGAUCAAUGCGGGGCAGCUUUUACCACUUCAGAUCACCUAAAAAGGCACAAACGUAUUCACACUGGAGAAAAACCAUACCGAUGUGAUCAGUGUGGGGCGGCUUUUACCACAUCUGGUCAUCUAACUGUUCAUCAACGUACUCACACUGGAGAUAAACCGUACAGAUGUGACCAGUGUGUUGCAGCUUUUUCCACAUCAUGUAGUUUAAGUCUACACCAAUAUGUUCAUACUGGAGAAAAGCCGUAUAGAUGUGGUCAGUGUGAAGCAGCUUUUACCCGACAAGAUUAUCUAAGGACCCAUUUACGUAGUCACACUGGAGAUAAACCUUACAGAUGCGAUCAAUGUGGAGUCGGUUUCACUACAUCCAGUAGUCUAAGUGUACACCAACGAAUUCACACUGGACAAAAACCAUACAGAUGUGAUCAGUGUGGGGUGGCUUUUACUACAUCCGGUAGUCUAAGAGUGCAUGAACGUAUUCACACUGGAGAAAAGCCAUACAUAUGUGAUCAGUGUGGGGUAGCUUUUACUCGACAAGAUCAUCUAAGGACCCACUUUCGUAGUCACACUGGAGAUAAACCGUACAAAUGUGAUCAGUGUGGGGGGACAUUUACCACAUCAGGUAGUCUAAGUGUACAUAAACGUAUUCACAGUGGACAAAAACCAUACAGAUGUGAUCAAUGUGGGGCGGCUUUUACUCAGCAAGAUCAUUUAACUGUACAUCAGCGUAUUCACACAGGACAAAAACUGUACAGAUGCAAUCAGUGUGGUGGAACUUUUACCCAACAAGGUCAUUUAAGGAGUCACCAACGUUCUCACACUGGAGAUAAACCUUACAGAUGUGAUCAGUGUGGGGUGGCUUUUACUCGACAAGAUAAUCUAAGAGUACACCAACGUAUUCACACUGGGCAAAAACCCUACAGAUGUGAUCAGUGUGGAGCGACUUUUAACCAACAAAGCCAUCUACGGACUCACCAACGUAUUCACAGUGGAUAAGACUUGUACAUCUGUGAUCAGUGCAGGGCAGUUUUUGCAAUAUAUGUUUAGUUAAAAGACACAAUAUAGACAUGUUGGGAAAAAAAUAAGGUGGUAAUAAGAUUGUGGGAAAGAUUCAACUAUAUCCAGAUAUGGAGAAUUAAGUUCAACAUGUAACCCUCUCAGCCCUAUCCCGUUUCUCUUUCCUCUUAUUAUAUCUUCUACUAAUUUUUGCAACAAUGCAGCAACCCGUCCCACAUACUCUCAGCUAUUUCAGUGAUUCAGCUAUCAAAAAAUUCAACUUAAUGUGGACUUUUCAUGCAGGGAG